CUUUCACUGGCAGUCACACUACCAGAUCCUCACUGGAGCCUCACUCAUACACACACACAUUCACUGACUAAGGCCUGGGCACAGAGUCGCAGUUGCCAGCUAAAUCAAAAUCAGUUUACCUCUGAGUGAGGCCUUGGUAUUGAACACUGACAUGGAUCUGCACAGUGUACAUAAAACUUUCCAUCACAGCCACCUGAGCGAGGAGAAGCACCAGAUGUUGAACCUGAACCGACGCCUGGAGACCUACCUGAGUCGGGUCAAAUACCUAGAGGAGGAAAAUGGGAUGCUUGCAGAGGAGAUCGGAGCUCUGAGACGCAGUAAUCAUGGAGCUUCAACCUGCAGGAAGGGCUUGGAGGAAGAGCUGCGGCAAGCAAGACGGGAUCUGGAUGGAGCCUGGAGUGACAGGGUCCACACAGAGAUGGAGGUUGGCAGGCUGACUGAGGAGUUCCAAGCCCUGGACCAGCAGAGGCAGAAGGAGGCUCAAGCUCACGCAAAGGCCAAGACGAUGGUGGAGCAAAGCAGGAAGGAGCUGGAGGAGGAACAGAGGGCACAGAUCUGGUUGAGACAGAAGGUCAGUCAGCUGGAGCAUGAGAUGACGCACCUGAUUCAAACCCACCAGGAGGAUGUGGCCCACCUGGAGGCUACAUUGAGCCGUUCCAGAGCCACAAUGCCAGCCAUGGUUCAAAGGUGCAACCAAACACCAAACCUCAUUCAGCUGGGGCAGGAGUACUCCCAGAAAGCCACCAGAGCAUGCCAGGAGGCCACAAAGGCCUAUCAGGGCCAGUUAGCUCAGCUGGAGGAGUCACUUAACCAGACCAGGAUCCAUUUGACCCAAGUGAGCCAGGAGAAGAGUGAAAGCCAGCUGAGGCUCCAAGCCCUGGAGAAGGAGAUAGCCUCAGCUCAGGAGGUCAGGCUGCAUUUGGAGAAGACUGCAGCCCAACAGAGAGAUACACACAGCCACGAGAUCCAGCAACUGCAGGCACACUUGGAAGGCCGGGAGGUGGAGAGAGAGGAGCUGGGCCAGCAGAUCGACCAUCUCCACCUGGAGAACCAAGGCCUGCUGCAGAUGAAGAUGUCUCUAGGCCUGGAGGUGGCAUCGUACAGAGCUUUGCUGGACAGUGAGAGCCUCAGGGGGGACAUCUCUCUGUCAAACCAUUCAAGAGACAUUACCAUCACAGAUGCAGCGUUCUGUCCCAGAGGGGUUAAAAAGAUAUACCGAAGGCAGAUGUCUGCCGGCCACAAGACCACGUCUCUUUCAUCUCUCCUUGUUCUAACUGGAACAGCACCAACAGCAAUAACUGCAACACCACCCUGCGGCAGAAAACCCACAACUUUCAACGACAUCCCAAAGAUUUCAAAGAAACCUAGGCAAGAAGAUGUAACAAAGUCAGCAACUUGGGAAGCCCCUUACCCCAAAAUACUGCAGGAUGGAGCUGUUGAAAGUUUCAGACCACAGGAGGUUAAGGAGAAAGUCACCUACGCUGAGCCUCUGUCACCUCCAAAUGAGCAGGAGGCUUGUGCUCAAAUAACAUCAGACGGCAAAGAAGGUGAAGUGAAUUGGAACAAUGUGGAUGAUGAAACUCCAGAGGAAACACCAGGUGUGGAGUCAGCUGUCAGUCAUCAGGUUGAGUCAGGACAUAGCAGUGAUGAGACGGCCUUCAUUGAUGAAGUUAGCCAUCUUCAGAGUGCAGCACUCAACCUUACACCAUACCAUGCCAGAAUAACAGAGAAGUCCUGCGUUUUCUCAGAUGAAUCUGAUAAGGUAGUGCCUUCCGAAAGUCCUGCUGAAAAAGAAGAUGUGCAACAGCCACACGUUCCAGUUAAAGCACUGGGAAAGAAAGAAUGUAUUGCCCAAGCAGUAGAGAAUGUGCAAGAGGAGACCUCGGAUUUGGAAACUCACGCAGUACUUGAACAAACCUUUGAAUCCAGGACGAGCAGUCCAGCGUCUGAAUGUGAGCCUGCAGAAAGUGUGUUUAAUCGAUGGACAGACUUAAGCCAAGACGAAAACUGCUCAGAUGAUGAUGCUGUUGAGAUAAGACAGGAAAUAAGCAAUUCUAUGGUGGGAACAAAUGAGACGGAUGUUGAGGAUAAGUUGUUGUACCCUGAUGGAGAAGAGAUGGAUACGUGGGAUAGUGUAAUUGAAAGGAAGGUCGAUCUGAAGGCAGACGAUGGCAUAAAAAAGGAUGAAGCAAUAAAACAACAUGCUGAACCAGAGGAGGACUUAUCAGCAAGAGAACAUGGGCAGGGAAAGAGAGGGCUUAGCCAGGAUUUCACCGCGGAUGAACACAAAGACGACAAUGUGGCCAAUUCAGAGAUAGACAAACAAGUAGAUGAUGAUGAACACUGUGAUGCGUUAUACCAAGAGAUUGUCCCGCCUCUUGACAAAGAAGAAGAAGAUGAUGAAGAGGAGGACUCUCAAAAUGUCUCGGUGUCAUGGAGGACCGAGCUGGAGAGCGACAGCUACGCUCAGGAUAACACUCUUGCUGACACUCGUCCUCUGAUUCGAUACAAAAGCAACGAGACUGACGCAAACGCUCAGGCCUCACACAUGGAUGAGAGCGAGUCCAGUGAAGGUGACCAGGAAAAGAAGAUCGGAGAGACGAUAAGUGCAACGUGGAACGAGGGCAAGUCUAAGCGAUCUGGAACUAUGGAAGAUCUGUGCGAGGAAGUUGAAGUGGAAGCAUUGGAUGAGGAAUAUGACCUGGGAUAUAUUCAUAGUGAGGACAGGGAUGUUUGCCAUAGCAUGACUGUAAGUGAGCAUGUAACAUCAGUGUAUGAUACAGAAUGUGCAGAAGAAAGGAACAAGGAAGUCAGUGAAGAAUAUUCAGAUGAAGGAACCGAAGCAUCUACCAAACCCAUGGCACCAGCAAAUGUGGACUACGAUGAGGAGUUAGAGACGGACAGACUUGUGGAACAGGAAUUAGAAAGCCUAUCCACAGACAGCUACAGUGCUUACUUUGCACAGCAGCAGGUCAGUGAUAAUGACGAGAUGCUUCUAGAAGAAGCUGGAAAAACACAUGAUAUGUCGUUCUGUGCAGAACCUGGAGUGAGGGACAACGGCCAGCUAGCAUCUUCCACAAAGAUUAUAGAUCCACCUGAUGAGAACCUGUAUGUCAGUGAUUUGUCAGUGGUGAUGCCUCAGACAGAAACUCUGGCUGAAGAGGAGGUCCAACAUAAUGACCACAAGGUUACAAGUGCGCCAGAGAAAAGCGAGGAAGAGGAUGAACACAAUGUGUCCAUGCUGACUCAUGCUGAUGUAACAGAAGAUUUCCCUGGCUUUAGAGACUUUCUCAGCAGGCCUGAUUCAGAGGAAAUCAGCAAUUCAGUGGACCCAGACUCUGCACCUCAAGAAAACCUGAAAGAAGUUGCACCUGUGGAAGCAUCUGAGUCUCAGGAUGAUCGAGUUGAGGAUAUUGUAGUGUGUCCUGAGGUUCCAGAAACAGCCGAAUGGGAAGUCCAGGAAAACCUGAGGGAAGACUCUAAAAUCAGAGAUCAGAAUGAACCUGAUCAAAAAUGUGAUGAUGUGCCUGACUCAGCUGAAAGUCACCUCCAUGAGGACGGAGGCUCUGACGAGGGUGUUAUGACAUGUGAAGAGGAGCAACUUGAGAUCACCCCCGACAGUGUACCUGAUGAAAAGGAUAUCUUUGUGGUGAAGGACACAUCUGCUACUGAACUACUGAACACAAAUGGACAAGACAAGAUCCUCCCUGGUGUUUUCAGCUCCGGUUUGGGGGACGACCUCUGGGUGUCCUCCUCAGAGACCGGUGCCACCUAUCAACCAGACGAUGCCUGUUAUGAACAAACCAAUCAGAAUCUAGGUUUUGGUGAGAACCUAGUUUGGGGGAAGUCAGUCAACUCGAAUGUGGUUAAUGGGAACUCCCUGGCUGCUCAGAAAGAGCAGGAACCAAAGCAGUCUGAGGUGAAGCAGGUGUUGAGUAGAAAUGUUGUUGAAGAGGAAUUUGUCCAUUCUGAGGAAUCUGAGGUUGAGGGUGAAUCCUGGUCGUCUGGGGAGGAAACAGUUUAAAAAUGUAGCGGGAAUUUGAGUUCAACAAGUUUUAGACUUAAUCAGUGUUAGUUGGAGGAAAAUUAAAUUUUCUGUAUGAUGCAGCUGCUAUGAAACCAAAGUCGUGCCUUGGUGCGCUCCUCUGUGACACUAACCACCAAUGUGCCAUUUGCCUGAGCCUUGUUUCCGUAAACUGAUAUAUAAUUUUUUUUCAUCUUCCUGAUUAUUCAGACCUUUCAGUCUUUCAGAGUGCAUGUUGUGGAAGGAGGUUGGGAGUUUCUGCAUGAGCGAAUGGCAUGAGAACAGAACAGAAGAAUGUCAUUUGAAGGUCAAAGAGUUUAUUGAUCGCUGCCUAAUCUGAUUUUACUGACUGAUGGAAAUCAAUGAGACCAGGAGGGAAGAAUUCUUUUCACAUUGUAUCAAACAAACAGCUAGUGUCUUCUGCCUGUGAGUUCUCUAAUUUCAUCUGGCAGCAAUUGAUCUUUGCCUGUAACAGAAUGAAUGGUUGGUCGCAUAAGGUUUAUGUUCAAGAUGACCGGAUUAAAUAAGAGAACUUUUUGUUUGUUUCUGUCAAUUGGUCUGAAGAAGAAGACAAUUGGUUUUACUCUUUAUUUCCAUCCAAAAAGUUGUAUUGUUGCUGCGGUACAUUGAGAGUCCAAAAUAAACUUUAGAUUAUGUGAUACA